CACAGUUCAUCGUGGACAGUUGUCAUGAAUUCUGUCGUGUCUGUGAUGUUGAGCAAGUGACUUAUCGAGGUUUUUGUCAUUUUUUCAGGUACCCCGAGCAUUUUCAAAUAUCAGUGUAUAGAUUCAAGACUCAUUCACUUUAACUGUGAAAGAAGCUAUGGCGUUUCGAGCCGGUGGAACCAACUGGCAGACCUUCCAGCAGGGGACGCAAGGCCAGCAGGUCAGUCCAGCAGAGCGGGCUCAGGCCAAGGCAGUGACUAUCAGCGAGCAGGAACGCCUCAUUGAGCAGAAGAAGAAAGAGAUUCAACAAAAGAUGGCUGAGAAGAAGAAAAAAGAGGAAGAGGCCAAGGGUGGGGCCAAGAAGGCAACAGCAGCUGCUAUUAAAUUUAAUAUUGGGCUCCCUGCGCAACCACCUGCAAAACUUGUACCGACAACAGCAGAGGCUGAAAUUGCUGGUGUACCAACACCAGCUGCCACAGUACCAGCCCCUGUGGUAGGUGGACCAGAAGUUACAAAGCCAGCGGGUAAUAUCUUCUCCAAUGAUGGCAGCUUCUUAGAGCAGUUUCGCAAAAUGCAAGAGCAGAACCAGAAGGGAGAGAAGAGUGAAGAGUCAAAACCAUCUUUGCUGAAGACCAAUCUGAGCGACAUUCCACUACCGGACCCCCCAAAGCCCAAUCAGGAGCUCCCAACCACAUCCCUGGCCCUCUCUUCUACUCCCACAAAUCCCCCACAGCCUAUAGCCUUUAGCACAGCGUCCUCACACACCAGGAAGUCCACCCUGCCAGUGCCAAAGCCGAGUGCCUUUCGGGACUCUGAUGAUGAAGAUGACAAUGUUUUGGCAGCAAUCUUACCGCCAGACGAUCCUGAACUGUUGACGACAGUCAACAGACUGGCCCAAGAGGUUGCAGAGGGAGGACUAAUGGUUGAAGAGACAGCCAAGAAGGAACACAAAGAUGAAGAACUUUACAGGUUUUUGUUUGACCAUGAUUGUCCUGAACACAAGUACUACCAGAAGCGAUUAGUGGAGAUGCGUCUGGCCAAGAAAGUACGUACCAUCAGGGAAACCAGACAAGCAGCGGGAAAUUCAAGCGAGGGAAGUCGCAAACGCAAAAGCCGCUGGAUGGAAGGUGGUCCAGGCGAUAGCGGAGCCGUACCACCCCCCAAGAUCACCAUCAUCCCCCCGGGCUCAGUGGGCGGGGCCAGUGCCAAGCCAGGAGUGGGUGGGGUGGGAGGCACCGGGAUGGGGCUGGGGGAGGUGGAGGAGAAUGAUUGGGGAUUUGGGUCAGGGGGAGGUGUGUCGACGUCCAGUCUGGGGAACGAUGUGAAUCGUGUCGGGAUGAUUGGGACAACAGAACUGAGCCCAGCACAGUUGAAGCAGCUGAAAGAACAGCAGGAGAUGCAACGUAUGGUGGACUCCAUGGUGAAAUACCAUAACAAGAUAGCAGCGGCGGGCCGCAGUGCAGCGAACCAGGAGUCUGGCCCCAGAAAGAAGAACAAGUACGAAUAUGACAGUGAUGAAGAUACACACGGUGGUACCUGGGAGCAUAAGCAGCGUAUGCUAGAGAUGGAGGAGACUAGAGAGAGAGCUGAGAUUCUGACUCGGAUGGGCAAGGGUAAGCACCAUCUGGGUGACUUCCUGCCCCCUGAUGAGCUGGAGAAAUUCCUGGAGACAUUGCAAGCUUUGAAAGAAGGCAGGACACCAGACUUCUCUGACUACCAGAAGUUCAAGAUUCAAGCUGACAACAUUGGUUACCAGAUGUUGAAGAAGCUUGGCUGGGAGGAAGGCAAAGGUCUUGGCUCGACGGGGCAGGGCAUCACUGCACCAGUCAACAAGGGCAGUGCGUCUGCAGCCACCACUGGCCUGGGCAUUGACAAGGCCAGUAACUUGACCAAAGAGGAUGCAGAGGAUGAAUACUCAGCAUAUCGGAAGAGGAUGAUGCUGGCGUACAGAUUCAGACCAAACCCCCUGAACAAUCCAAGGAGACCAUAUUAUUGAAGUUGGAGGGUGUGUAACGCGGAGGUUUGCAGAUAGUUGAUGAACAACUGACUGAGGAGUUAAGACUAAUUGGAUUUUUAGUGGAUUCAACAGAGUUCUGGUAGUUUCAUGUCUUUUUUAAUCUACACAGCCUGGAUCCAAUAUCAUGUAGCCGCUAAGAAUGUCAAAACUCAUUCAGCAAAUGCGUGACUACCAGUCAAAACAUCACCAGAGAUAUACUGCUGAUGAUUGGUUUGACACUUUUCUGUAUGGCAAGUUGGGCAAGUUUCCUGUAUACUAGCUCUAUGAACUUGGAUCCUGACUGGUCUCCACUCAUUAUAGGGGUGAUUGACAAUACAGUGCGCCACCAAAAGGCUCCCAGGGAAAGGCCAUUUUUCCAGUUAAUGGCCGACAAAAGCAUGGCAGCCUUUCCAUGAUUCGAUAGAUGGGGACAUUCACUGCAAGAAGAAGAAAGGAUUUAUUAACUGCUACUCAAAAUACACCUACAAAUCUUCUUCCUUAUAAAACUGAUAUUGUUGCCUUCUCUGAUUUUUAUUUUGAGUUAUUCGAUUCAAUAAAAUUUAACACAUUUUGACUACUUUUCUCUUUUAGGAAAGUUUUAUAUGAAGAAGGUUUUAGCAUAAAACAAGCAUCUUAUGACUUAACAUUUCUUUGUACAAAAAUCACCUGUAUUCAGUACUUGCUUACGAGACACCUGUUAAUUGUUGGAUCAGUGUGUGGUAACUAAACCAAAUUUGGCCACUGACCACUUGUGUGCUUAGAUUCUUGUACAGUGUUGAGAGUAACACACAGGAGUAUACUCCCUCCACAGACAGAAUAUUGAAAUCCAUAAAGUAGAUUUCUUUGAUCAGUUUUGUUAGGUACUUUAUACUGUACUGCAAUUAAAACAAAGCCUAACAAAAAGUUGAGCAUUGUACAGAAUUGACAUUUUAAAACCAGUGUGAAAGUUGCAGAUCUGUAAAUAACAUAAGACUUGUGGUAACUCCUUGUUAAAGUCAUCUCUAAUGAAUUUUUGCCACUUGUGUGUUUUGGAUAACGUUCACAAUACUGAAGGUAAACCUAGCAUGGUUUCACUUCUACACAAUUUAAUUUUUGGUUUUGUUUUAUUUUCAAAACUUGAUAUUAAGGGUGGAUUACAUCAAAUGAACGUUAAAGAGCAAAUCAUCAUCUGCAUGUUUUUAUCAGCGUGAAGUCACUAGACUUACUACAGUUUAAUACGUUAGUAUUUGUAACAUGUAAAUGAUAUUCAAAUGUCGAAUAAAAAGGGAAAUAUAUUUGGGAAAAUCAA